CUUUCUCUCUAAAACCCUAACUAUAUUUAUAUUCCUAUUUUGCCCCUUCAAGGCAUUCUCUUCUUCUUCAUCUUCUGCGAUGUUGGCAUCUAGGGUUUUGUCACGCGUCUCUAGGAGUGUGGGCCGACGGUCCUUGCUUCUUGUGUCUUCUGCGAAGGAGCAACAGUUACCAAUGAUCUCCAAUCAGUUAAACUCUCUUGUUCAUGAGACUCCUAACGAGUUUGUUGCAAGUCAGGUGUCUCUUUUUCAUCACUCAGCACUCAGUUCAUCCCCGUUUCAUCGUUUUGGGUUCUCAUCUGCAUCGCCUGAACAUAAAGAAAAGGAACAAGGGAGUGCUGCAGAAAAUAAUGGUGUCGAGUGCGGAGAUGCUAAAGCUUCUGAUAAUGUGGAGGAUACAGGAAGAACAGAAGUUAAUGAUCAAACAAAAGAAUCAGAUUCGGAGAGUGAGAGUAAGAGUGAUCUAUCGAGGGAGGAUCUGGUCGAACUUUUGAAGGAGAGAGAGGAACUUCUGAAGGCAAAGCACAAAGAGACGGAGGAUAUGAAAGAUAAAGUUCUUCGUACUUAUGCUGAAAUGGAGAAUAUCAAGGAGAGAACAAGACGUGAAGCAGAGAAUUCGAAAAAAUUUGCCAUUCAGAAUUUUGCAAAGAGUCUACUGGAUGUUGCAGACAAUUUGGGAAGAGCUUCUUCAGUUGCCAAAGAAAGUUUCUCAAAGAUUGAUGCCCGUAAUGAUGCUACUGGGUCAGCACAACUUCUAAAAUCGCUUCUUGAAGGUGUUGAAAUGACUGAGAAACAGUUGGGAGAGGUAUUAAAAAAGUUUGGAUUGGAGAAAUUUGAUCCUACGAACGAGCCAUUUGAUCCACACCGGCAUAAUGCGGUGUUCCAAGUACCAGAUAAUUCUAAGCCACCCGGGACAGUUGCUCACGUUCUAAAGUUAGGAUACACUCUCUACGAACGAGUUAUUAGGCCAGCUGAAGUUGGUGUUACUCAAGCUGUGGAAGAUAAUGCUGCUGAGAAGAAAGAGGCUUGAAGACGAAGGCUCCGCCGCUUGAAGAAGAUAUUGCUUGGAGUAGUCACACAACAUAUCAUCUAAAAUUUUGCCUUUGUCCUUAUGAGAAAGCUGAAGAACAAAAUUUUUGUGCUCCCUUUUCAAUUUUUUGUUGCUGAUACAUAAAUUUUAAUGAUGCAAGAUUGCAUUUUGUGCAUUAUUAACUA